AACUCAAAAGAAAGUAAAGCAAUGAAUUUUGACAGUUUUCCAAGUGACGGAGGAGUCAAAAAGAAGCCAGAAUUGGCAACCGACAAAAUAAAGUGUUGUUAUUCUCUGGCCACACUUCCAUUUUCUACCUCACUAACAUUCCCACCUAAUAAACCCUUCAAUUAAUCCCUGUUGAGCCUCUAGCUGCACAUUUCUAGUCUGAGGAAGAACAACAGAAAGAUGAAGAUGAAUUCAGAAUGGAGAGAAAAAUUCGUGUACCCAUUUCUAGGAAUAGCCACAAUUACAACAAUUAUCUACCUUAAUUUCAAUGAUCAAUUCAAUUUCGAAUUUCCCAUUGUUUUUUGGCAGAAAAAGAUGGGUUUUGUUGGGGUGAAUUCCACCCAUUUUGUAAUCAUCAAUAAGCAUGAUCAUGAUCAGUUAAUGUAUGUAAAUGGGUGGAAUUCAUAUUGGUUGAUGGAGGAAAGUGUGUGGGGUCCAUCAAGAUCGAAGGUUUCUAAGAUGCUUAAGAAAGGUGCUGAAAUGGGGUUGAAUGUUUGCCGUACUUGGGGUUUUAGUGAUGGUCCUCGCCCUACUUCUUUGCAGAUUUCACCUGGUGUAUUCAAUGAAAGAGUGCUUAAGGGAUUGGAUUAUGUGAUAGUGGAAGCAAGAAAGAAUGGGAUUAGAUUAAUUCUUAGCCUAGUAAACAAUCUGAACGCAUUUGGUGGACAAGCACAGUAUGUAAAAUGGGCACAAGAAGCCGGAGUCAAUAUUACAUCAUCAGCUGAUCCCUUCUUUUCUAAUUCAGCUAUAAAGGGUUACUACAAAGAUUACAUCAAGGCUAUCGUAACAAGAAAGAAUUCCCUAAGCAGAGUUAGAUAUUCUGAGGAACCAGCUAUUUUUGCGUGGGAACUUAUAAACGAGCCACGAUGUGAUUCUAGCUCUUCUUCCAUUCUUCAGGCUUGGAUUACAGAAAUGGUGGCAUACAUUAAGAGUUUGGACCAAAAGCAUCUUGUUACCAUUGGUCUUGAAGGGUUCUAUGGACCCAACUCCGCAGAUAAAUCUAGAAUAAAUCCCGGAGAUUGGGCUGCUUUACUGGGUACUGAUUUCAUACAGAACUCAGCUCUUGAAGGAAUUGAUUUUGCUUCCGUUCAUGCAUACCCAGAUAGCUGGAUGCCACAUGCAAACACGACUGAAAAACUGGAUUUUAUUUCUCGAUGGUUAGAGUCCCAUAUCAGUGACGGAGAGAAGAUUCUAGACAAACCUGUUCUUUUUACCGAAGUUGGCUACCCAUUACAUGUCAAAGGUAACGAUGCUAAUUAUUCAGACUCUUUGCUUAAAAUGGUCUAUGGUAGUAUCUUUGAGUCGGCAAAAAAGGGUCAAGCAGGAGCUGGGGCCUUAAUAUGGCAAUUGUUGGUUGAAGGAAUGGAGGAAUAUGGGGAUAAGUUUUCUCUUGUAGCAUGGAAACACCCUUUUGCUUACAAACUGAUUGUGGAACAAUCAUGUAAGUUAAGGCGUAUUGUUAGGAAAAAGAAUUCGGCUGCAGCACUGAAUGGAAAAGAUCCUUGCUCGAAUAUUGUCACCUAGUUGACUGGCAUCAAGUGGAACUAAUCAUGCUAAAGCCUAUAAUACAUCGUUAGUUUCAUCACAACUUUCCGUGCUUGAUACUCGAGACCUUGGCAUAUGUUUCUUCACAAAAUCGUUUUAGAGUUUAGACUAGAGGUUUUUAGUCUUUUAUAUAGUAGUUGAAGUCUCGAGAACGAAGUUAGUUUAGGAUCAGGCGAAAGUGGAUUCAAUUGAAAAAAGCCGUAUUUGUCACCUUCAAUUUGAAGGUUGGUUGUUGCUUAGGAGGCGUUAGCGUAAAGGAGCUGUUUCUCUUGAAUCCAUUCAAAGAAUUGUUUGUUGAUCGCCGAGGAGAAAAUUGAGAGACGGGAAAGAAACUACAACACGAGAGUUUGUUGCUCGUAAGUUGCAGGCUUCUGGGUAGUUGCAGGUCUCUCUCUUGGAAGACCCUUCUCGAGCCGAGGGACUCUUUGACCGCACUCUCCUUUACGGGUAUGAGUUGCCGUCUUUCUUCCCUCCCCAAACCCUGACCAUAGUCUUUUUUGAGUGGGAUAUAUGGAGUAUGAUGAUGAUGAUGCUGUAUCAUAUCUAAUUAUACUAUACUUAAGUUUGGAUACAGUUAUGUGAAUCCUUGUAUUUUCUAGUAUAUUCCUCUUAAGCUUGUAUAGUUGUACACGUUGGAAGCUUAGAUCUUUUAGCACCAUUUUCAGUGAUAAGAAUGGCUCUUUUUCAUCCUAAGAAUGGUAGCUUGAACAUAAAUAGUUUGUGUGAAGAAAUAUUUUCUGGAUGAUAUCUUCAGCUAUAAGUUCUCAUAUGAAAUCUGCAGAUGGGGUUUUAUCUGUUCGUCAUUUACUCUUGAUUCACUUAGCAGAGACUUUAUUCUAUAAUCUUAAGGCCAUGCGUUCGAUUCCCUCUCUUCCAAGGGUCCCAGCCAGUGCAAGAUGGUUGAGUGUGUUGCUCGUAAAUUAAAAGGAAAUUAACUUGAACUAUCUUAACGCUUGAUAUGUUAUUGGUAUUAAAUGGUAGAAAUGAUAAUAAAAAUUUUUGGUAAUUUAACUAAAAAAAUCUCGUUUCAUGAAUAUUUAUACUAAAUUUUAUUUUCAUUACCACCAUUCAGUACCUAA